AGGGCCUGAUGGGGGAGAUCGCACAAGUCUUGCUCGGCGGUGUGCUAGAGCAGGCCGUAGCCCGUUGCCGUGAGGACUUGGACAAGCAAAAGGAACAAACGGAAUUGCAGGCGUCAGCUCUUCGUGAAUGUCUGAUCGAGAUGCAAGAUCACAAGGCACAAGUGCAAGCACAGAGCAUGGAGAUAAAGAUGUUGUCUCAGCAGAUGGAAGACAUGCGUGAAGAUAUCAACUUCGAGACGAGAGGAUGCGUCGACGUAUCAUGUGGCAAAGUGAUGCAAGCCUGCCGUACUUUGAUUGCUGAGGAGGUGGAAACCCUGCGGAGAGAACUGCUGAGCCUCGGAGAAGAGAUGAAGCGGAAGAUUGAGGUGAACAGUUCUUCCCAGGGGAAAGAAUUGAGCACCUUGCGAGAAUUCAACGAGGUCUCCGAGAGAAAAUUGGAGGAAUUCAGCCAGAAACUCCAGCAGAUGCCAAAUCCCGCAGAUGCUUUGCAAGCACAGCAAGAUGCGGUUACUCUGGCUGAGAGCCACGCACAAAAGGCAAUGGAAGCAAAGGCGGCUUCAGAAGUCUCGGCUCAAACCACUGAAAACCACAUGAUGACAACUACCAAUGCUUUGACCGCCGUUCAAGAAAAUGUUACUCUGGCUGAGAGCCACGCACAAAAGGCAAUGGAAGCAAAGGCGGCUUCAGAAGUCUCGGCUCAAACCACUGAAAACCACAUGAUGACAACUACCAAUGCUUUGACCGCCGUUCAAGAAAAUGUGGCUUCAGCUGAGAGUCACGCCCAGAAGGCUCUCGCAGCGAAGGAAAGUUCAGAAUGCGCAGCGGAAUCCACUCAGAGCCAUGUUGCUGCUGCCACCAAUGCAUUGACAGCGGUACAAAACAAUGCCGACACGGUCCGCGAAAAGACAGUAGAGGUGGAGCAGCAUGUGGCUUUUGUCAAAGACAUUGUAAAGCAGAUGGUGGAUCAGGCUACUGCAUUGCAAGAGACUUCCUCUGCAGUGGCCUCCGCGAGUGACGCAGCAGCCAGUACAUUGGCCACUGAGGCUGAGAGGCACUUGGCGAAGAACUUGGCUGCGUUGCAGGAGCAGCUGACGGCUCAGUCCGAGGCACCGGACUCGUGGUGCGAUUCGUUGUUGUUUCGUCGUGUGGCUGUGGAUGAGAUGGCGGCCCGUGUGGCCCGUGUGGCUUUUUUGAUCGCAGUGCAGUCCGUCACAGCUUCCGAGGAAACUUUUAAGGCGUUCAUUUCGCGAUAUGGUCGCGAUUAUGAUUCCGGCACCUACCGGGAGCGCUUCCGGUUGUUCGAGAGCCGGGCUGAGGAGGUGCAUCGGUUAAAUGCGAAUCCGAAACGACGCUGGACGGCUGGCUUGGGACCGCUAGCAGAUUACACGGACGAGGAGUUGGCUGAACUUCGUGGCUGGCGAGGCACUGCAACUGCAGAAGGCCCCCAGGCUGCGCAGGCUGCGUUGGUCCAGGUGAAUAGCUUGCCAGAGCAAUUUUUGAACUGGACGACAUUGUCCUCUUUGCAGAACGUCUUUGAUCAGGGCAGCUGCGGCUCCUGCUGGGCCGUCACAAGUGCUGUGGUGCUCAUGGCACAUGCAGAGAUCUACCGAUCACCACAGCGGAGCUUUUCAGUUCAGGAGCUGGUGGACUGCGUGCCAAAUCCCAAUGCCUGCGGGGGCACCGGUGGAUGUUCAGGGGCCACGGUGGAACUGGCGAUGAACUACGCCAUGCACUUGGGCCUUCGGGAAGAAACUCAAAAUCCUUACCGACGCAGAACUGGAAGAUGCGGACUCUCAGGUGGCUCAGGUGGCUCGCUCUCUGCGUUUCAGGCAGAUGGCCAUCGAGAGGAUCUUGGGGAGGAAGCGGUUGACAUUGUGAAUCAAACAGCAGCGCAGAAUUACGAGGAUUUGGCAGCACUGAAGUACUUGCAUGAGCACCAGGACAUGUCUUCAGUGGGUGCUCGCCUAGCGGCGAAGGAUUCCUUGGGCUUGCAGAGUGGUCUCAGAGGUUGGCAGCGACUUCCAGUGAACAGCUAUGAGCCGCUGCUCCGUGCGGUCUACGAACGUGGUCCCGUGGGCGUUUCAGUGGCAGCGAGGACCUGGCACCUCUACUCCACUGGUGUCUUCGACUAUUGUGAUCAGGAUGCGGUUAUCGACCAUGCGGUCACCCUCAUUGGCUUCGGACGAGAUGAGAUGAUCUCCGAGAAGUUCUGGCUAAUCCAAAACUCCUGGGGGCAUAGCUGGGGAGAGGGUGGUCGGAUUCGGUUGCUGCGAGAUGAAGAGCAACGGUGCGGCUGGGAUCGACAAGCGCAGAAAGGCCGAAGCUGCUUGCAUGCCACUUGGCCACAUUGGUUGCAGAUGUCGCACGACCCACCCGGCCAAUUGGCAUAUUGGUCAGAGAUGCAGAAGCAGGUUGAGGCUCGGCCUGGGCAUUUGGGCAUUUGGCACGGGCAGGACAAACAAACAGCAAAAGGCAUCCGUGCCGCUCGGCGAGCCAUGACCAGUGAUGAUUCGUUACGAGAUCAGCUAUGUCAAAUAGAACAAAGCUUGGGUGUUUGUCAUGUGGCGGAGGUUCAGGCAUGGCAGGUCAAAGACACCGCAAAGACUGUCGAGAUCCCAAUGCCUGACAGUGCACUGGCUGGAAGUUUAAUUCGAAAAGAUUCGGGCCGAAUUCAACCGCUUCAACCGCUUCAAGCGCUUCAAGCGAACUCAGCGCUUCGAACUCAGCGCUUUGGGCCACAGCCGCAGAUGCUCCAGGUGCCGGCGCCAGGACCGCCACAACCGCCGCCGUCGGGACCGCCGUCGGGACCGUCGGGACCGUCGGGACGGGGUGAAAGUCAUUUGGGCGUCGCUCCUGCACCGUUGGACGCCGGUUUGAUGACGAAGCUGGAUGCUGCCGUGGAUCAGUUGAUCAAGGGCAGCGUUCGUCGUUUCACCGAAGUCAUCGAGUUGGGCCCCGCGACGGGCGCGACGGGCACCACUGGAGUUGCUGGUGCUGUGCUGAAGGUGGCUCCACGGCUGCCGCAGCAACUGGCAGAGAUUCGACAGCAGCUGCGUCAACUCUCAGCGGAUUGUGAUCGUUUGCAGGCUUUAGCCCAGGAGGAUGGGAAUGACGAUGCCAUCGAAAACAUGGAAGCAGAGCAUGCAAACACGAUGUCCACUUGUCCUUGUCUCAUGCUGGGCUUUUUGCUGCGAAGAUGUGGAGUCUAUGGUUUGUAUUUCCACAACGACGAGCAACGCUUCGUCCUGUCCAUCUCUGUAGAGAGAGAUCGUCACGAGAGUGACGAGAACAAUCAGAAUGAGCCAAAACAGGAGAGGAACAAUCUUCUGGAUGGUCUACGGGAUGGUUUGCGAGCUUCUUCUCAGGUCAUACUGAAGGGUUCCAGCAGGCUCGACACUCGCACUUUAGGCACAGUCUGGACUGAGACUGCAGAGGUCCGCCGUGCUUUGUUGGUGGGUCUGUGUUACCCGGCCACGAAUGCUGCGGCCAAACUUCCAGAACUCCAUGGAUCGUGGAAUGACGUCACGGACAUGCAAGAUUGGCUUCAGUCUGAGAACCUGUUCUCUGCCUCCGAGAUCCGCACGCUGACGGAUCAGCCCGGAAACGAGGGAAACGGCCGCGUGUCCCGAGAGCAGAUUUUGCAGGGCCUGCGAUGGUUACUCCUUGGUGAUGGAUCUGGCGAGGCACGGCUUUUGUUUCACUUCUCAGGGCAUGGCGAUGGACUGAAACUCUGUCCCAGCGAGGAAUCGGACCUACCGAUUUCGGACGGGGAACUCUCAGAGAUGAUCAAUGAGUUCCUCCCAGCCAAUGCGACCUUAACCUGCAUCUUCGAUUGUUGCGACGGCACCAAGAUGUUGGACGGGCUGCUGAAACAUCCCAUUGCCUUUGGAACAACACAGCCUUCCGUACCAGAGGAGCGGCUGAACCAGGUAGCACAAGACCUGGCUGAAAGCGUGAGGAUCACAGAUAUUUUGUCGCAGAAAAUCGAGGCCGUCGAACGGCAGUUUACCCUGGAACUCUCCAGCCACAAAGAGGACGUGGUGCAGAAGCUUCAAGUUGUCCGCGAGGUUUCGCCCAAAGAUGGCGAGGAUCCUGGAGUGAGUCAGGCUCGCCUCGAGGAGAUGAUCGGCACUGCACUGGAGAGGACAGAGCACUUGGAGCAAAGUUUGGUGGCCGUGACCAAUGGGCAUUCAGCAAAGAUCUCCAGCGAGGUCUCAGAUGCCCAUGCUUACCUCCAGGCAGAGAUCAACGACCUAAAGAGUCGCAGCACAAGCUGCGAGACAAGGCUCCUGGAAGAACUGGCUCGUGUGUCGGAGGCAGGUGCUGGCCCAUCGUCAUCUCAACGGACCCACGAGUCUCCACAUGGAAUGCGAGAUUGGAAGCUGAGUCCGAGCUUGCCGAGCUUGCCGAGUCAGAAGAGUCUGAGUCCGAGCUGGCUGGCCACUUCCAGCUACAACAAACUCAUCGCUCACUACAGCAAAGAAAGUGCUUGGACCGUGGCUGGGAAUAUUUUGCAGGAGGCCAAUCAAAGACGGAUUUUUUGUGAUUUAGUCACCUACAAUUCGGUUCUUGCCUUGAAGCAAUGGAAUCGCUCUUUGCAGCUGCUGGAGCAACUGCAUCGAAUUCAACUCGAAUUGGAUUUGAUCAGCCUCAACGCAAGUAUGGCAAGUAUUGGCAGUUGUAUCAGUUGUACGAGCAACUCCGAGCAUUGGCAGAAGAAUCGUGCUUGGCAGCUAGCUUUGCAUUUGGCGUCAGUUGUUCGAGUCAGAAAACUUGAGCCGAACAUCAUCACCAGCAACAGCCUGAUAAUGGCAUCUACGCGAGCUCAAAGAUGGAGGCAAGCGCUGGAAAGCUGGGACGGUCUCUCAGAAAAUCGCUUGGAACCCACUUCAAUGAGCUACACUGCUGCCAUGAACACCUGUGAAGCAGCAGGCAAAUGGCUUCAGGCUCUCGAAUUCCUGCAGGACAUGCAGUGGCGCAACGUCACCCACGUCGUCACGCAUACGGCUGCGAUCAGCGCAUGCGGAAAAUGUGGAGAUUGGCAGGGUGCCUUGUUCCUUCUUUAUGAUAUGGAGUCCUUGCGAAUGCAGCCAACUCUAGUAUCAAUCAAUGCAGCUAUGGAUGCUUGUGCCAUAGGAAACCAGUGGUUAGCAGCGAUGGAAUUGAUGCAGUGGAGUGGAAUGCAAUGGGAUGCCAUCACGUAUAGCUCUGUGAUUUGUGCAUGUGAGUGGACUAGUGCUCUAUCUCAUCUUACUGAAGCACAUUCAAAAACCCUAGCGCAGAUGGUGCUGCAAAACUCGUGCAUUUCUGCUGUACGGGAGCAGUGGCAGCGAAGUGUUCAGUUGCUGCUCGAUGCGUUGCAGUUGGCCUUGGAACCGACACUGAACACUUUGAACGCAGCAAUGGUGGCGUGCGCGGCCGAGUGGCCUCAAUCGUUGCAACUUCUAAGCCAGAUGGGGACGGGGACUCCGCAGAAUUCCGGGAAUCCUUCAAGGUCGAACUCGGAGAUCGUGAAGCUUUUUUCAUAUCUGAAGCCUGAUGCCACAACCUUCACUUCAGUGCUGAUGUCCAACGAUGGCGAUUGGCAACGCGCUGUUCAUCUUUUCAGCAAAUUUCAGAACUUUCAGCCCGAUCUUGUGGCAUACAAUGCCUUAAUGUACGCUUGUGCCAAGGGCUUUCAGUGGGACAAAACCUUGCAAAUUCUGAAUGACCUGAAUGACCUGAACGUCAUAGGGCGUAAAGAAAGCCAUGGAAUGAAUGGAAUGAAUGGAGAUUCCAAUGAGAAGAGCUUUCUCAUAGCCAUGCACGCUUGCAAUCUGUCCAAGAAAUGGCAACACGUUCUUUUGGUCCUUGAGAAGGCCUUGACAAAUCAGAUAGCCACUCCAGCUGUCUACCACGUGGUCAUGGAAGGGAGCAGAGAACAUCCAUGGCAUGUGGUUUUAAGGUUGCUGCAUGAUAUGCGGCUGCGUGGAUUCUUGGACCGUCAGACCGUCAUCUUCGCCAUGAAACAAGUUCUCAUGGACGACGACGAUGAAGGUGAAGCUCCAAAUUCAGAAGGACCUGUACCGGAAGACCUUGACGGCCUUGAAGGCCUUGAACUACCCGAAGGAUCAUGCGUCAGCGUCUCGAGCUAUCGAGGCUUUGAGGAUUUCUGGAGCCAACUUGGCGGUCGGAGUCGCAGAGAAAAGGAUAGAAAAAGACCUCUGCAGACGGCGUCGCCUGGGACUCAUUCAACUCCAGAAAAGGAGUCACCUGACACACCUGACACACCUGACACACCUGACACACCUGACACACCU